UUUUUGUUGUUGAAUAGAUUUGCAUCCUUUUAAGAUAAGGCGAGAAAGGAGUAGGUGUACUCUAUACCAUCGUGUUUCCAUUCACAUUUCACCGAAUGAAAUUAAGCAGAAGAAAAAUCCAAAAGAAUAGUGAUAGAGGACACACCUACCAUUUAGGCAUUUACCCUCCUCCACUGCACUGUUACCAUCGACAUUCCUAAAGUAAUCAACACCCUUCCUAGUUUCCCUCUUUUUUCCAAAUUCAUUCUAUUCACUCUUUCCAUUUUUAGUAUUCAUUUCCAUCCUUGACUUUGUCUUAGGGUUUUCAAUUUCUAAGCUUCAUUGAUUGAACGGUUUCAUUAUGAUUGGAGAAGUUCAGCUUCAGCCUCCACCGAUUCUGCAAAACCCUAGUGAUUCUGAUCCUUUACUCGAUCAUCAAGAUGAUGUUCAAGAUGAAUCAUCCCCUGGAAGUUCUACUGAGAUUAAGGAUCAGGAAGAUGUUGAGGCUGGUUUACUCCCUUGUUGUCGAAUUUGCCUCGAAACCGAUUCUGAUUUUGAGGAUGAAUUGAUAUCUCCAUGCAUGUGCAAAGGAACCCAACAGUUUGUUCAUCGUUCUUGUCUUGAUCACUGGCGCUCAGUAAAGGAAGGAUUUGCCUUUUCACAUUGCUCCACCUGCAAAGCCCAAUUUCAUCUUCGAGUUGAAAUGUUUGAGGACAACUCUUGGCGUCAAAUAAAGUUCAGGCUUUUUGUGGCAAGGGAUGUUUUCCUUGUUUUUCUGGCUGUACAAACUGUGAUUGCUGCUAUUGGUGGCUUUGCGUACAUCAUGGAUAAAGAUGGGAACUUCAGGAACUCAUUUGAUGAUGGUUGGGAUAGGAUACUGUCAAAGCAUCCUAUACCAUUUUAUUAUUGUAUUGGAGUGGUGGCCUUCUUUGUACUUAUUGGAUUUUUUGGUCUCAUACUGCAUUGCUCCUCCCUCAAUAGCAAUGACCCCAGAAUGGCUGGUUGUCAAAACUGUUGCUACGGAUGGGGCAUCUUGGAUUGCUUUCCUGCAUCAAUGGAGGCAUGCUUUGCUCUUGUGGUUGUUUUUGUUGUCAUCUUUGCAAUUCUUGGUGUAGCUUAUGGUUUUCUUGCAUCAACCAUGGCAAUUCAAAGAAUUUGGCAGAGGCAUUACCAUAUCCUCACCAAGAGGGAGCUUACAAAGGAAUACAUAGUAGAGGAUCUUCAGGGCUGUUAUUUCCCACCAAAGUUAGACCCAGAACACGAAAGUCGCCUCAAAAUGCUUAAGCUUUUGUGAUUCACGGAACAAAUAUGUAAAAAUCUGUUUUUUAAUUAUUGAUGUAUCAAGUUGUUGCUUUAUUUGAAGGUUUCAAUCUUUUAUGCUUGGCAACCUUGUCUGCCAGAGCUUGGAAAUGGUUUAUAUCAUCAUUAUAUAUAUAUAUUUAUAUCAAUCUAGGAUCGUACCAGAUUCUGUAUACUCCAAAUCUGUUGUUUGUUGGGAAAAAUGAGGAAAAUAUAAGCAGUUAUUUGUCCAUGCA